AUUCCUUUCUACUUCCCUCUUCUUUCGGAAGGACGGCCGAAAGCACGAUAAACCCUACUGUUUUCUCCAUUCAUUAAGUGUACCCUCCAAUCUCGGUUCAGUUUCCUUCCGAUUUUCAAGUCGAUCAGUUGACUGGCUACACUUGUCCUUUGCAAAUGUUUGCUCACUUAUCAGAGGUUUCGAUCUUGGCGGUGGCGCUAUGGUUGGCACUGGAAAUUUCUUCUACCACCGGCCUGGUCCAGUAUCGGUUAACGCCGUUACGAACGGGAGGCCGACCGAUGAAGCAGCCUCAACUGAAAAGCGGCCCUGAAUGUCCGACGCCGUACUUCCCCAAUGGAGUGGCCAAACCUCGUCAAAGGAACAAAAUGAUUCGAUUCACGUGUGCCAGCGGAUUCACGCUGGUUGGCAAUAUGUACUCCAUGUGCGAGAAGGGGCGCUGGGAUACUCCCAUACCGAUCUGCAUCAGAUCGGGAUGUCCCGAUUUAGAACUCGUAGCUAACGGACAGAUCUCCUACGAGUACGGACAGGCGGCAGCAAUGCUGUUCUGCAGCAGUGGCUAUCAAGUGGCGGGCGCUUCCAAAGCCUACUGCAAUGGCACCCACUGGGAUCGGCCUUUGGGAAAUUGUCGCGAGACCGGCAUUGGAGUGGAAACGAGUUGCGACUUUGAGGCGCCGGAUCUCUGUGGAUGGAUGAACGAAGCCACGCAUGAUUUCGAUUGGAAGCGAAGCGAUGGAAUUGUCCACCCGAAAGCGUUGAAGACUGGACCGAAGUUCGAUCAUACGACUGGGUCUGCGCUAGCCGGUCAUUUCAUGAUGGUUGAUUCGGUGGAGCAGUUUACCAACGAAACGGCGCGCUUGCUGUCUCCGAUGUAUCCAGCCAAUUACAGUACGAAUGCAUGUUUUUCUUUCUAUUAUCAUAUGUAUGGAGAUGGUGUCGGCACGCUAUCCGUGUACGUGAGACCAGCUUCGCAACAACUCGAUAGUUACAGUUCAAAGGACGCCAUCUUUAGUUUGAAGGGCAAUCAACGUAAUGUGUGGAAUGAGGGCUACUUUGAUCUAAAGCAGUUCUCAGAAGAAUUUCAAAUAGUGAUAGAAGCAUCGCUGGGUAUGAAAGCUAAGAGUGAUAUUGCUAUUGAUGAUGUGAGCUUACUGUACGGUGAAGACUGUCGCCCAAUGGCCGAAAGUGAAGAUGAAGAAAUAACUCCUGAGGUGCUCCCACCAGAUGUACCUAGUGAUGACAAUAUAUUCAAGCUUGGAUCAUGUGAAAACCGAUGUGGUGUGAAUGUCUCGUCUGUUGUAACCAUUCCUGAUACAAGCGUGAACUUCGUGCAAUGCGAUUGCUUUGAAGGCUGUGUUGAUAGCAAAACAUGUUGCCCCGACUAUGCCGAACGAUGCGUUUUCAAUGAAACGGCCUUUGCAGCUUCGACUAUCUCUACAAGUACCAAGAUACUCCCUUCAACUACAGAAACGACACGUCCAACAACAACACCAACAACGUCGACGACUACCACGACAAUUCGUACUACUCAACCUACCACUAAGCCUACGACCACUCCUACCAAACCUACAACAACUUCAACGAGACCCACCACUCCGCGAUCAACAUCAACUACAGCAGUUCAAACCUCCUCAUCGACCACUAUCAAAACCACAUUAAAACCCAAAGUGCCAACUACGACAACCACCAAAAGCUACAAUCUAAGGCCUAGGAAUAUCACAACCACCUCUUCCACUACGACCAAACCGAUGCUACUUCCCAUGGUUCGCACACGCAGACCGACAACCUCCACGACCACGACAACGUCUACCCCAACUACCGAAGAGGUCGUACUAAAGCUAGUAGCACGCUUCGGUGACGUCUCGAGUGAGGAAUUCCCCGCAUCCGUACUGGAAUAUGGCGACAACAAACCGAACUUGGCGCGAGUUUUUCUAUUCUCCGGAAUUGGCGUCGUUUCGUUCGGAUGCGUCAUACUGCUGAUAGUACUACAUAUCCGGCGCAAUUCGGGCGAAAACGUACUGAAUCGCUUGAAGCAAAAAUCCAUGAAGAGCAAACUGGGAAGUAAUGAAGGGUUCGAAGACGUACGCUUCCUAGCGGCUGAUGAACAUCUGGAUUUUAGCCUCCCGGACGAUGAAGUGGAAGAAGCCGUCGAAGGCGGCGACGGAAACAAUGACGCAGAACAGAAACCCAGCAAAAAGGGGAAGAAAUAGUGAUAGCGUAGGACAUGCAGUGUAACUUAUUUUGAAUAAAUUCUUUUUUGAUAAAACCGA